UCACGAAAUAAAAAAUUAAACAAAAAUGUUUUCAUUGAAGUGCACCCUCGCAGUGGCAUUAUGCCUAAUUUUCUCCAAGACCUAUGCAGUGCAGUUCAACGACGAAGGAUAUGGUUUCCAAGGGGAUAUUCCAUUGGUCCAAUAUAAACCUGUGACUCUAUUGCGUCAUGCUCGUUCUCCGCAGGGUGGUAGUGUUGGCAUAGACUAUCGCAAAGAUGCAAAUGGCCGCGAAGCAUCUGUACAAUAUAAGCAAAAUAUCUACACGAAUGGCGAUAGAUCGCUGGAUGCCCACGCUCAUGCUACUCGUAAUUUUGACCACAACGCAAAUUCCUUUGGCGGUGGUGUCCAGGGUAAAUGGUCGGCUGGUAGUGGUGGCUCUGCAGAUUUUACGAAGGAUAACUUUGGACGUCAAGCUUCGGUGCAGUUGAAUCAGAACUUAUUCACUAGCCGUGAUGGACGCGGCACCAUAGAUGCCUAUGCUCAAGGAACCCGAAACUUCGAUUAUAAUUACAAUAACUUUGGUGGUGGAAUUCAAGGACGUUAUCGAUUUUAAAUAAUUUUUUUUAGAGAUUUUUAAUGAAGAUUUAUAAAAUUUAUAAUUUUUGGAAUUUAGUUAUUUAUGUUGAAUAAAUAAAAAGUAAAUGUUAUUUAAAAAAGAA